UAGAACAGAGAGCUGCAGCAGCGACGUCUCCGCAUCAUCACUAAUCAACACAACCAUAAGAAAUAAAUCAGACGGGUUAAAGGGACAUUUCACUGUCUUUUUUUUAAAGCUCUGACCAGCUGUUUAAACCUGAAUCCUGAUUGAUUUAUUUUUUUAUUAUUUUUUUAUUUUUCAGUGGUGUGUGUUCCUGUCACACCUCUGGACUGGACCUCCUGGACCUCCUGGACCUCCUGGACCUCCUGCAGAGACACCAUGAACAUCCUGCUGCAGCUUCCUGUGGACUAGGACCAGCUCGCUCCCCGCCUCCAGCUCCUCUUCAUCACUCAGCUUCAUCCUCACCGUCUGAUGGCCAGCAGUCCCAGUGCCGCCCAGCCGUCCAGCAGCAUGGAGGGGUCCCAGCAGCCAGACCAGCCAAUCAGCACGCAGCACGGCGGAGCAGCCGACCGCACCGCCGUCACUUCUCAACCAGUCAGCGCAGAGCAGCAAGCCCCGCCGGACGGAACCAGACCAACAGAGGAGAGCAAAGACAUGGACCACCUGACAGUGAUCAGUGAAAACAUGGAGACCAGUAACGGCGUCGGUCCUGUCCGGGUCGACUCGUCUCCCACAGUGUCCUCUGUGUCGCCCAAACUUCACGCCAAGCCGGGCGGUCACACUAACGGUCGGCCUGGUUUGGGCAGCCGGUCCGGCUCGGUUUGUGCGGGCUCACCCAGGCCCUCGCUCACCCGCCAGCCCAGUGCCAUCACAGAAGCCACUGUGGACGGGUCCAAGCCGAGAGACUACCUGUUCCUGGCCAUCCUGUCCUGCUUCUGCCCGCUGUGGCCCAUCAACAUCGUCGCCCUCACCUUCUCAGUGAUGUCCCGAAACAGUCUGCAGCAGGGCAACGUCGACGGAGCUCGUCGUUUGGGCCGCAACGCCAUGGUCCUGUCUGUCGUGUCCAUCCUGGGAGGGAUCGCCAUCAUCGCCGCCGCCAUCGCCCUCAACUGGGGACUGAUUUUAAAGUCCUGAUGAAGAUGAAAACAAUCGGCUGGAAUGGUGAGACUGACUUCAUGACGACAUCUGACCGACACGACACCGUCCCCUCUGAUUUCCUGAAGCACUAUCGUUCUCAAGCGCCUGCACCAGAUGAAAAACAAACCCGUUCCUGUACUUCGCUGUUGUUUCUUGCUGCACGACGAGCAUGAUCCGCCUGACGCUCUACCUCCGACAACCCUCCCGACACGACGCAACGAAGAGGAGCAAAGGAAGGGUGACGACACGCUCUUUGAUUCUGUGGUAGCAGCUCAUCUCCUCCUCAGACCACUUUCUCUCAUUGAUGACCGAGUGUGUCUGUUGUCAUGGUACCACAUCCGUCUCCAUGGAGACGGGAUUACUCUGAUCUCCACACGAGGGGUUCGGUAACGGUGCAAACUUUUGGGACAUGGUUUUCACUUUUAAUGCCAAAAAAUGGAGACAGGGAGAUUCUGCUGCUGCUGCGACGGUUCGACAUGAAGUGAAGGCACAAAGAGACACACAAACACACACACACACACACACACACACACACACACACACACACACUGCUGCUGCAUGGUCGUCAAAAAGAGCCUUUUCUUCUCCAGCUGCUGCUCCACAUCUGGGACUCAAUCGAGGUUUCUGAUCUUUCUGAACAAGUGUUUUACUAUCAGUAUUUUAAUAAACAGUGAACAAUGAUCCACCACAGACCUUCAUGUUAGCUCAGAGUUAAAGGAUAGAAACUCAAACAACGUUAGUCCGUCUCUCAGUACUGUCUCACUUCCUGUCUGUGGCUCUCUGCUCCGGGCCCGUUGGUUCCUACUGAAGACGACUUCACAUAUUUAUCGUUUCCCACUUCAGUCUCCAUGAGUGUGUGACGAGAGAGAAAGCUGAGUUGCCUCUGAUUCAGACGUAAUGAAGUGUUGUGUCUGAACACAGGAGGUGCAGCGUUUCAUUUAAUGGACAUGAAGUCGGUUUGUUUCCACUCUGAUCUGCAGAGCUGCUGAGUGAUCGCGGUCACAAACCCACAGUGACGAUCCAACGUCACAUCGAUCCUCAGAUCCUUCUGUUCUCCCCGUCAGUCUCUGUGCCCUGAACAACACAGACGUUAUUAUUUAAUAAGUCUUCAGUAUUUUACUUUAGUCUUUAAAAUACAUGAAGACUUUUCAAUACCAUCGUUUUAAGAAACACUACGAAGUACGCUGUGUUCCCGCUACGUACUGAUGAUAUGUACAGUAAUUGUUACAGUAAUUAUCUUAAUGAGUUACUGUGAUAGAAGAUGAACCUUCUUUAGCACUUUGAGCUAACAGGAAAUAAAACAAUACUUCAUGUGAUGACGGCGUCUUUCAAACAUAGAUUAAAGUUCAGGUUGCUGUUCGAUCAAACUGUAAAUGUGACAAAGUGAACUCAGUAAGUAAAGUAGAAUAAUGAUUUUGUUAAACUGUUUGUUACAAAAGGUAAAUGAUUUAAUAUGUUUAACUCUACGUACUUUUCAGAUUAAAAUUAUAAAUAUAAAAUGUAAUCGACAACUGAAAUAAGAUGUUUUUUAUCUCUUAAGAUCAGAUCAUAACAAGAACCUCACAAACUACCAGACAGAAUAUUAAGUCAUUAGAACACAUUAAUAUUCAUAAAUCAUAAUCGAAUAAUAUUCUGCAUGAUGAGAACUUAGAAAAGAAUAUUUUUCUACUUUGAUUUAUACGUUUAAUUUAAAGGAGAUUUAUUGUGAGUCCUUCAGUGUUUUCAUGUUUCUGCAUGUGAAAGAUCUUGAACACGUCCGCACCAACAGAAGCUCCUCUGUCCCACACAAAACACUGCCCCUGAACGCCUCGUCAGCAGCUCCGCCUUUAAUUCUGCAACUUUGUGACAUCACACUACGUCACCACGGCACACAUUUGCAUGAUUUAUGAAUUAGCAUGUAGGAAGUGAUUUAGCACAGCGGCUCAGGCGUGUGUGAGCUGACCAAUCAGAGCAGACUGUGUGUUCAGGAGGCGGGGCCUUAAAGAGACAGGAGCUGAAACAGUUUGAGACAGUAAAGCAUGAAAACAUAUUCCAGUAAUAACCCAAAAUAAAUGACGAGCCUGUAAAUGAGCAGAAACAAUCUGAGUGCUCCUCUGUUUCCUCUGUGCAGUGCAUUAUGGGAAUUUAAAGCGCCUCAAGAGCACUCUUAUAAAUCCCACAGUUUGUUAUGUUAUACACCUUUUGUAUGUUUAAUUUUGCCACUUUUCCAGAGUGACAACUCUGAACACUGACAGCUUCUAUCCAGCCGGCGUUAAUAUGAAGGUCUGUGACGAGCGUCUGCAGCUCUGAGGACGAUUACAACGUUUUUAACUCAGCAAACCUGCAGUCUGGAUCGUCGUUCUGCUGAGGGAACAUCCAGGGACACGAUGUUCUGUUCACCGUCUUUAUAUACAAACUGACUGGAACCAGCUGGUUCUGACCGGCUGGGCGUUGGACGCAGCUUUGGCUCUGAUGUGUCACAGUUUGUGGUGUACUGGCUGAUGAACAGCUUGAUUUUUACACAGAAAUCCUCCGCCAACAGCAGAGUGUGUUCCAACCUGCACAGGAUGCUUCUCUGUUUGAAUGUUUGACUGACAGACGCUCUGAGGACAGAACGCCGGCCCACCGGCCACUAUAACCCGUGCAUGUUUACAGUAUUUAUCACAGAAGACUGUAGCCUCAUUUAACUGUUUGUACAUAAAUGUUAUGAAGUUCCAACAUGUGAAGUGAAGACGCCACGUUGUCAUGGAGAUGUGACUGACCCACAGUCAACCUGCUGCCAAAAAUGCACAUGAAGAAGAAACUCGGCAUAAAAGGUUGGAGAGCAAUGACACGUGUGAGAUGGCGUGGAGGUGAGGUGAGAUCAGGUGAGGUGAGGUGAGAUCAGGUGAGGUGAGGGGAGGUCAGGUGAGGUCAGGUGAGGUCAGGCUCAGAGGUGGGGGAGGACGGAGGGUCCUGUGAGGUCGCCUCCGCCCUGCUCACACCUCCACUCCACCCACUCCUGUACUGUAUGUAGCAUGCCUGUUUACUAAUCACAUUAUGCAAACAGUGGUCCAGCUGGAUGUCAGUACGAAUGCUCGCUUCAGUGGUUCUGCUCCAGUCGUGGACUCGCACACCGUCUCUGUACAGAACUUGCUUGCGCUACCUCUCAGAGCCGCUACAGUGUUCAUGGACGCGCUUCACAUCGCUCCACUCCGACGAGUUCAACUGACUGUUAAAUCUCUCCUGCUGUCGUUUUGUGUUUCACUCUGCUGUGUUACUUUGGAGAUUUUCACUGCUGACAUCAUGUUUAUGAUAUUAAUGUUCAGGAUAUUAAUUGUGAACAGAAAACUGCCCUAACAGACACAAAGAAACGAUCCGUUCUGAGGAAGACUGUUAGACGGCUGUGAGUUCAUGUUGUUCUGUAAAAAUGGUUUCAUACGAAGUCCUGAGAGGCAAAACGUUCUGGUGAUCCGUGAUUUAAUUCUGUCCUGACACAAGAACAGCUGAAGAAUGUCGGGAUAAUCCAAGUUUCUUCAUUUAUCACCCAGUUGCCUCUCAGGACUUCUGUAGAACUUCAGGAUCUCACGUUCCCUCAGUCGACUCACUUCCUGUCACUCUUAUUUUCAUGCUAACACACGUGGCGAGCUAAUUAAACGUUAUGGGCGUUGACCCCACGUUGGGCGGCCCAGGUCUGGUUAAAUCCUUCAGCUGUCAUA